UUGGUCUGACCGUUCAAAACUGUGAAAGUUGUAAAGAAGUGAAAAAGCUUAAAACCCCAAACAUCGCAAAAACCCUCUCUCAGAAUCAUGUAUGCUUCAAAUCUACCGAGUUGGAUCUCAUCAAAACCUUCAAAUUCCAACAAAAAUACACUCUUUUAUCAAUUUAACCAAAACCCAUUUCUCCAAUUCCCUCAAAUAUUACCCUCAAAAGGCCUCUCUCAAUCUCCUUCACCCUUUGCUCCAAUUAGAAGCCGUCUCCGUGAGCUCCGAGAACGAAUUGAAACAGUAAAAAACACUCAAAAAAUCGCUGAAGCAAUGAAGCUGGUAGCAGCUGCAAAGCUCUGGAGAGCUCAAGAAGCUGUCAUCAAUGGUAGGCCUUUUAUUGAGGCUUUAGUUGAGUUCCUUCGCACCAUUAAUGAAAAUUUACAAGGUGAAGAUAUUGAUUGUCCUUUAACUGUUAUUAGGCCUGUAAAGAAAGUAGCUCUAGUUGUUAUAACUGGUAAUAGAGGACUUUGUGGUAGUUUCAACAAUGCAGUUAUUAAAAAGGCUGAGUCCCGAAUUGUGGAAUUGAAAGGUCUUGGAUUGGAUUAUACUGUUAUUAGUGUAGGAAAAAAGGGUAACUCUUAUUUUAGGCGUAAAGAUCAUGUUUUGGUUGAUAGGCUUGUUGAAGGAGGAGGGUUUCCUACGGUAAAAGAAGCUCAUAUAAUUGCUGAUAUCGUUUUCUCAUUAUUUGUUAGUGAAGAGGUUGAUAAGGUUGAACUUGUGUAUUCAAAGUUUGUGUCUUUGUUAAAGUCGGAUCCGGUGAUUCGUACUUUGCUUCCAUUGUCAGUGAAAGGAGAGACUUUUGAUGUGAAUGGGAAUUGUGUUGAUGCUAUAGAGGAUGAGUUGUUUCGGUUGACAACCAAGGAAGGGAAGCUGAUUGUGAAGAGGGAAAGAGUGAGGGCAGAACGAGAGGAACUUUCACCUCUUAUGCUGUUUGAGCAAGAUCCAGUUCAGAUUCUUGAUGCCCUGCUGCCUCUUUAUUUGAAUAGUCAGAUCUUGCGGGCAUUGCAGGAAUCAUUAGCGAGUGAGCUUGCGGCUAGGAUGAAUGCAAUGAGUAAUGCUACUGAUAAUGCAGUUGAAUUGAAGAAGAAUCUUUCCCUUGUCUAUAAUCGAGAACGGCAGGUAAAAAUCACUAGUGAGAUUUUAGAAGUCGCUGCUGGAGCUGAGGCACUUAUAUAGUGUCAUAGUUUCACCAAUUUUUUAUAUUUCUUUCUUGUAUCUUUCUCUUUUCUCCAAUAUCCUUUUGAUGAAGCUGAAAUAUGCUAGCUAUGAAGUGCAUACUUUAAUGAUUAUGAUUGUAAUAUAACAGGUAACUUGAGCUUCUUAUUUCGAGAACUGAAUAAAGAGAAGUUGCUUUGUUCAGUAAUUCUAUUAUUGAUAUAUUGUUGCAAUUUUCUGCAUCUUAAUAACCUCUCUAGUCUCAGUGCCGUACUAUUAAUGACAUUAUAUGGAAUAUUUAUCUUGAUGUUCUUGUCAAAAGAACUGAACUAUUCAAAAUCUUUUCAU